GAAAGUGCAGCAGUAGAGGCCGUUCCUAUGUAGAAUUUGGAGCGCCUAAGCUCAUUGUAACAAAUGGGUUUAAGAGUCGUAUAACUACAUAGGAUCGGGCUGUUACAUGGCUAUCGUUAUGUGCACACGUCAGUCCCAUUUGAAUGGGUGGUACAGACUACUAAAUAAAAGCGUGUAGGAUGCAACCACGAUCUUGGACAAGUUGUACCUCUUAGCUUCUGGGUACAGAACUCGCAACUGGGAAACAUUUUAAAUCAAUAAAAUAAACUGGAGGGAUACCAGUGCCGUUGAUUGGCAAUAGCUUAUAGCUUUAAGACUGACAAAAUUCUCCACGCCAUUCGUAAUUAACUUACGGAGUUCGCUACCAAAGGAUGUAGUUACCAAGUGGCUUUUAAAAGGAUUACUAUCAAAUGAUCAAUAGCUGUUAGCCACCAUAGCUAACGAGCCUACGUGGUCAGCGGCAGUACUGAAUGUUGGGAACAAAAACAAGCUGUGGCCUUCAUCUGCGCUUGUGAAACUCUCAGAGGCAUAGCGCUCUUGGAAACAAAGGCUAUGGACCUUUGGUCGCAUCCUGCAAGGCAGUUCUUAAGGUGAUUUAAGUGAUUAUGCUUGCAAUCUUAUGCGCACAAUAGAUGGGGAACCUGCAGCUCUCCAGAUAUUGUUAAACUGCCGCUGCGAUCAUCUGACUGUUGGCCAGGUUGGAUGGGGCUGAGAGGGGAUGGAGUCCAUUUGCAUCUGGAGGGCCAUAGGUUCCUCAUUCCUGAAAGUAAGCCCCAUGGAUAUCAGUACUGUACAGGAUCCUUCAAUGGAGCCUUGUCUUCUUUGCACGCCCAUGAGCUGGCUUCUGUAGCCAUUAAGGAAUCCUUGCAGAGGGCAAAAAUCAAUCCUAAAGAAGUAUCUGAGGUUAUAUUUGGACAAGUCUUGACUGCAGGUGCCGGUCAGAAUCCUGCUCGACAAGCUAGCAUCGGUGCAGGGAUUCCAUAUGAAGUACCUGCUUGGAGCUGCCAAAUGAUAUGUGGCUCAGGCCUGAAAGCUGUGUGUUUGGGGGCUCAGUCCAUUAUGACGGGAGAUUCUAGUGUUGUGGUGGCUGGAGGCAUGGAAAACAUGAGCAAGGCACCGCAUGUCAUUCAUAUGCGCAAUGGGCUGAAGAUGGGGGAAACCUCCUUGAAGGACAGUUUAAUUUUGGAUGGCUUGACAGAUGCCUUUUACCACUACCACAUGGGUAUAACUGCUGAAAAUGUGGCCAAGCAAUGGCAGGUUAGUCGAGAGGAACAAGACCAACUGGCUGUAAAAUCGCAGAACAAGGCUGAAAAUGCCCAGAAGGCUGGCUAUUUUGAUAAAGAGAUUGUACCUGUUCCUGUGCCUUCUAGAAAAGGUCUGGUAGAAGUUAAAACAGAUGAGUAUCCUCGCCAUGGUAGCAACUUAGAAGCAAUGGCAAAGCUAAGGCCUUCCUUUAUAACCGAUGGGACAGGAACUGUGACUGCGGCAAAUGCCUCAGGUCUAAAUGAUGGUGCUGCAGCUGUAAUUCUCAUGAAGAAAGCCGAAGCCAUUAAACGAGGUCUUGCACCUUUGGCACAGAUUGUGUCUUGGGCUCAAGUUGGUAUAGAUCCUUCUGUAAUGGGGAUUGCACCUGUCUCAGCAAUAAAGAAAGCUGUUGAAAGGGCAGGUUGGACAGUGGAUCAAGUGGACUUGUAUGAAAUUAAUGAAGCCUUUGCUUGUGUAGGUGCUGCUAUAACAAAAGAGCUAAAAUUGAACCCAGAAAAGGUUAACAUUGCAGGUGGAGCUGUUGCCCUUGGCCAUCCUCUUGGAGCAUCAGGUUGUCGGAUCCUUGUUACCCUUGUGCAUGCACUGGAACGAACAGGUGGAAAACGGGGGGUUGCUGCUUUAUGUAUAGGAGGAGGAAUGGGCAUAGCUAUGUGUGUAGAAAGAUAAGUGUUUUCUUCUGUAUUUAUAGCAUGGCUUAUCUUUAAUUAUGAAACCAUCAAAUUUAUUAUGUCUUUACAGAAAGUUAUAGGGCAAUACUUAUUAUAGCUAUGUGUAUGAUUUUAACUGUCUGUUGGGUAGAAUCAGCUGUAUUUAAAAAGAGCAAUGAAUCCUUUCCCUAAUAAAGAUGCAUUUUACCUCC